AUGGACUCUAUGAGGAGCCUCAACAAGUCGCUGCCGAAGACGAAGCGGCAGCCAGACGUGCACCAGUCGUUUAAGAACGCUGCCCUGCAGCUGACCAACCUGUACAAGUCGGCCAUCGCCGACGUCGACCGCGCCCGCAGCGACGGCUACCAGGACGCCCUCGACGACCUGCUCACCUUCCUCGACAAGGAGAACCUGGGCGUCGGCGACGGCGAAGGCUGGCGGAUACGGCAGUGGGCCACCGAGCGCUUCGACGGGUCGCGGCACACCAACAGCGACGAGGACGACGAAGUCGACAUGGACGACAAGCGCGCACGCAGCUCCUCGCCCAUCAUGGAGCGCACCAUCAGCCCCGAGGCCACCCGCGGCCCCGAAGCCCACGACGCAGUCCAGCGGCCCGACUCGGCGCCGCCCGUGCAGCUGGAGGCGUCGGUCACAGAGCCCGAGAUGUCGCCACUGCACCAGGUCUUCCAGUUCUCGGCCCCGCAGCCGUACCCCUCCAGCACGAACGCGAGCACGAACACGGAGAAUGCGUUUGGCGACUUCUCCGCCGCCGCGAGACGGGCCUUCCCUGCGCCCCGGCGCGACCGCCACUCCAACCGCUCCGCGACACGCAACCUCCAGCGCACGGCGACGCAGAACCUGUUCCAGCUCGGCCAGGGCGCGGGCCAGAAGCGGCGCAUGAUGGACUCGUUCCACCCGGACAACACCAACGAGCGGCGCGACGGCAGCGGCGGCGGCGGCCCUAAGCGGGGGCGCAUGACAUAG